AUGUGUCCGGGCAUGUGUCCAGUCAUGUGUCCAGGCAUGUGUCCGGGCAUGUGUCCGGGCAUGUGUCCAGUCAUGUGUCCGGGCAUGUGUCCAGUCAUGUGUCCGGGCAUGUGUCCAGUCAUGUGUCCGGGCAUGUGUCCGGGCAUGUGUUCAGGCAUGUGUCAAGGCAUGUGUCCGGGCAUGUGUCCAGGCAUGUGUCCGGGCAUGUGUUCAGGCAUGUGUCAAGGCAUGUGUCCGGCCAUGUGUCCGGCCAUGUGUCCGGGCAUGUGUCCAGGCAUGUGUCCAGGCAUGUAUCCGGGCAUGUGUCCAGGCAUGUGUCCACAUCACACAGGAUGUGUCUGA